AUUUACGUGUGUGAUAUCGGCGCUAAGCUGAGCAGCAUCGUCUUCUUCAUCAUCACAGUACAAAUGAAGAAGUAUGGCUGCACACUACAAAUAUGUCCCCUUGUUUUAACCAGAGUCAUGGUUAAAACACUUCCAGUCGGACUGAACACUUUUUCACCAUGAGGAUCCACUGUAAGGUUGUGGCGAUCGCGGUAUGUUUUGGAGUUUUCCUACUUUUGUACUUUUUCGGGGGAAACGCUGCGGACGAGCCGCCGCUGAAAGAAGUUGCGAAAGAAAAACAUUUUCAAUCCUUCAAUCAUAUCGAGGAUAUAGAACCGGCGAAAGAAGCGAAACAAACCAACGAAGAGCCACAAAAACCACCGAAACUAAUCCGCAAAGAGCCGAAGUUGAGCAGCAGAGGAGGAGGGAAUGUCAUCGCAAAGACUCGGCAGAAAAGUGAGGUGGGGCGGCCUGGGUCAAAGGUCACACAAGCAGAGGAUGUCAUGCACCUGGCAGUGGUGGCUUGUGGGAACCGUCUAGAUGAAACGCUCAACAUGGUGAAGUCAGCACUGCUCUUCAGCAUAAAGAAGAUCAAAUUUCACAUCUUUGCAGAGGAGGACCUGGGCGAACAAUUUGAAAAAGGGUUCAGUCAGUGGCCUCAGACAGUGUCCUCCAGGUUUCACUUCAGCAUAUAUCCAAUCACCUUCUCUGUGGGGAAUGCAGAUGAAUGGAAGAAACUCUUCAAGCCAUGUGCUGCCCAGAGGCUGUUUCUUCCCGUUAUCCUGAAGGAUGUGGACUCCCUAUUGUAUGUGGACACAGAUGUUCUGUUUCUCCGGCCUAUGGAUGACAUCUGGAAGUUUCUGAAGGCUUUCAAUAGCACUCAGCUAGCUGCCAUGGCCCCAGAGCACGAGAUCCCUAAGAUCGGCUGGUAUAGCCGCUUCGCAAGACACCCUUUUUAUGGAGUCACAGGGGUCAAUUCAGGGGUCAUGCUAAUGAACCUCACACGGAUUCGUAGCACUCUCUUCAGGAACAGCAUGAUCGCCAGCGGUCUGUCAUGGGAAAAUCUGCUUCACCCUCUUUAUCAGAAAUACAAGAACCACAUCACAUGGGGAGACCAAGACCUACUUAACAUCAUCUUCCACUACAAUCCAGAGUGUCUGUACAUAUUCCCAUGCCAGUGGAACUACAGGCCAGAUCACUGCAUGUAUGGAAGCAACUGCAAGGCUGCGGAGGAGGAUGGGGUGUCUAUUCUUCAUGGUAACCGUGGUGUGUACCAUGACGAGAAGCAGCCCGCCUUCAGGGUGGUGUAUGAUGCCAUACAUGAGUAUCCUUUUGAAGAGAACUUGUUCCAGGCUUUAUUUUACCCUCUUCAGACUAAGUUCCUAGACACCGUUAACACCCUUUGUGGAAGGAUCCCACAAGUGUUCCUCAAACAGAUCGAGAAGACCAUGAGGGCUGUUUAUGAGAAAAAAGUGGUGCACCAUGUCCGACUGCCACACGAGUAAUGAGCCUCUACUGUGUUUCGGUAUCACAAGAAAGAAUCUCUGCCUGCUGCUUGAAUCAGAGUGAACUUUUCCAUCGAAGACGAGCAAUGCCAGAGGCAAACUACAUUUGGUCCAUUAGGCACAGUAUGAGCUUCAUGAGCCAGAGGAGUUGGAGAUUCAAGCUGGAACAAUUUCUUUUGAGCAGACGUUUGGCCUGCUGGAUGGAAACAGCAAUGCAGGAUGAAUGCAACAUAAGCGAAACCAUCAAAACUCUUGAGAGAGAGUAGUGAGCAAAUGAAUUGAGUGUCUCCAACUGUGGGUAAUCAACCACUUGAAUGUUCCUGAGAGACUCGUUGGCAAAGCUGUUUUUAACCAAUCCAAAAAUAUGGAUUCAGAGCUGUUUAUUUUACAACUGUGUUGUACCAUUUUCAGCAUCUUGUUUUAUUAUGCCUGGUAUUACACAAUUGGAGCAUUUGUGUCUCACUUGAUCUAAUUCAUGUAUUUAAGUGGCUGCACCAAUUUGUUUGUGCAUUUUGCUGCUUAAUAGCAUGAGAUAAAGCCUUGUUUUCAAGCCACAUAAAUGAAUGUAGCACGCAGAAACAACCAAAGAGAACUAGCCUGUAGAGCUCAGUAAGAUGUACAUUCAGUUUAAGCACAGCCCUGAUGGUGGAUGUUCACACUGUUUACAUUGAAGAUGACUUGCUAGUAGAAAGGGGCCUGAUGUUGUAAUGUUGUCAUUGGGAUUUUAAUUUUAAUAUAUAGAGAGAAUUUCAUGAGGAAACCUUUGGCCUUUUAUGAGAAUUACAAUUAGGUCUGUUGUCCUGUAUAUUGAUAUGACAAGCCUAUUCUGAUGGACAUAAUGAAUUUGAUGUUGAAUUUGUGGUGGAAUGUGUUUUUAAGGUAAUUUGCAACCAUUUGUGGGAGCUACGUAAAAGGUCUAAAAGGGUGUCAAAGGGAUAGUUCACCCAAACAUGACAAUUUGAUGUUCAUCUGCUUUACCCCCAGGGCAUCCAAGAUGUAUGUGACUUUGUUUCUUCAGUAGAACACAGACAGAGAUUUUUCACUCAAACUGUUGGAGUCUGUCAGUCGUAUAAUGUCAGUGGAUGGGAAUCACGGCUCUGAGAGUCAAAAAAAACAUACACCAACAAAACCAAAUUAAACCUGUGGCUCGUGACGAUACAUUGAUGUGUAAAGACACAAAAUGAUCUGUCUUUGCAAGAAACAGAAUAUAUCGCAGACUUAAGUGCAUUACCACCACCUAUCUCUCAAGUGGACCACUGACACUUCUAAUUGAGAUUAGUGUAGAUAGAGUGUCAUUGGUCCACUUGAGAGAUAGGUGGUGGUAAUGCACUUAAGUCUGCGAUCCCCCAUAAAGCAAGAAGAAAAAGAUGUCUAGCGCAGGCAGAGGAAGAAGACGCGAAUGCGCUCAGGACAGUUCAGACAUUGCGGUGAAAAUGAGAGGUAAAAAAAAGAACAUAAAUACUGUUCAGUGUCUUGCACAGACUGAUCAUUUUGUGUCUUUACACAUCAAUGUAUCGUCAUGAGCCGCAGGGUUUAAUUUGGUUUUGUUUUCUUUUAUGACUCUCAAAGCCGUGAUUCCCAUCCACUUACAUUAUAUGACUUUCAAACUGCAACGGUUUGAGUUAAAAAUCUCCGCUUGUGUUCUACUGAUCAAACAAAGUCAUAUACUUCUUGGAUGCCCUGGGGGUCUGCAGCAGAUAAACAUCAAAUUUUCAGUUUUGGAUGAACUAUCCCUUUAAAGUAUUUUUUUGCAAUAUUCAGUCCAGUCAUGUUCAAAGAAAACAUUUUGUUGGUUUGCCCUGUUUGUAAGGAUUUUCUGCCAUAGUAGGAUUGAACUAGCUAAUGUGAUCAUUUAAAACAAAUCAUAUUAUGUGCUGAUUAGAAAGGUUUGUAGAUUAAUAACUGUAUUAUAUAAAUAAAAACAAAACUAUAAUAAAAGCAGAAAACAAUACACAGAUGUACAAUUUACAGUUAAGUGCACUUUGUAAUAAAUGCUGAAUAUGAAGAAAAUAAAAUUAAAGACUCUCUAACUCUCUAACAACCAAUAUGACCAGUUCACCAAUUUCUUAAAAAGAAAAAAAAAGAAAAAAAAAAAUUAUUUAGUGUAACCACAGCUUGUUAAUUUGUUUACGGCUUCUGUGUGAAAUUAUGAACGUCAAAUAGAAAGCAAGAGUGUGUUGUGAUGUGUAAUUUGAGCACAAUGUGCACAAUGUGCUUAAUUAUAUUUGUGACCGGUUUCCAGCCUCCUGUCACUGGUCUGGGAUCAGUGAUGACAUUUCUUUAACUGGAAGCUCGGGAGACUCUUAUACAUCUCAUGUUAUCUCUGCCUGAAGAGAUGCACCAGCGAUGUUCAUUGUAUCCAGUGUGCUUUUCUCUCUUUCUGAAUGUCUUGCAUUGUAUGUAUUAUUUUCCUUUUUAUACAAAAGUGUGUAUGUCAGAAAUGUAAUAAAUAAAUAUGCAUUUAAUAUUGA